AGAGAUUCUUUGUUCGCCUUUCGGAUCGUAGUUCAUUUAGUAUCUCCAGUGAUUUCAGAGUGUAAAGAUCUUGCAACAAAUUUAAUUCAGUGCGUCGUCCUGUGUGUGGAAAAUGUUUAAACUAUUUUUGAGUGCACUAUUUAUUGUGUUACUCAGUGGAGCCCUUAGCACAAAACCUCCGAGAUGGGAAAAAGUGCACACUGUUAAAGGCACAUUGUACAUCCCUUACGCUGAAAUUAGUGAGCCCUUCUAUGCGUGGUACGAUGAGAUUACUAGCCGUUCCCGAAUCGACUAUUACGGUGGAAUGGUAAAAACUUACCAACUUACACAAAAUGGAGAUUUUGGAGAGUCCCUCAAAGUAGCCCCCGUGACCACAGAUGAUACCCUCAAUCAUGUCACGUGCCUUCAGGUCAAUGGAACUCUGGACAACAAGAUUGAAGUUCAGAGUGUUCUACCGAACGCUAAAGACUUCAAUUUAAUUGGAACUGAAGAGAUACUUGGUCUCCAAUGUGAUAAAUUUUAUUUAGAGGAAGUGAUUGGGCAAAAGAAGAACACAUAUACCCUGUGGGUGCGUUACAAGAAAUCCCCAAAAUAUCCAGCUGCUCGAAUGCCAAUACCUGUGAGGUAUGAAAUGCGUGGAUUUAAUACUUUGCUGGGAUCUCACUAUGAUCACUAUUAUUUGGAUUAUGACUACUACAAUCACGAAGAUAUCCCUGAUGAAAUUUUCGAGGUGAAUUUGGAUGAACCGUGCACUGGAUUCCCAGGACCAGGUGCAGGACAUUACGCCACUUUCAAUCCCAUGAAGGAAUUCAUUCAUCCCCGAUCUACAGAACAUAUUGAUGAUGAAUUCAAGAGGUUUAUGGGGAAGCAUAGUAAAACAUUCAAUAGCAAUUUGGAGCAUGAACACAGGAAGAACGUCUUUACACACAAUCUGAGAUACAUCCACUCGAUGAACAGAGCUAAAUUGGGAUAUACCCUCGGAGUGAAUCACUUGGCUGACAGAACUGAGGAAGAACUCAAAGCCUUGAGGGGCUUCAAGCCAACAAAAUUGGAAGGUGGAAAUGGUGGACAAUCUUUCCCUUACGACUAUGAAAAGAUGGCUGAUUCCCUUCCGGAGCAGUAUGAUUGGAGACUUUUUGGUGCUGUUACUCCAGUCAAAGAUCAAUCAGUUUGUGGUUCCUGCUGGUCCUUUGGAACCAUUGGAGCAAUUGAAGGAGCAUACUUUUUGAAAAAUGGAGGAAACUUGGUCAGGCUAUCUCAACAAGCCCUCAUCGAUUGCUCUUGGGGUUACGGUAAUAAUGGAUGCGACGGUGGUGAAGACUUUCGUGUUUACCAGUGGAUGAUGAAGCAUGGUGGAGUACCAACCGAGGAGGAAUACGGAGGCUAUCUUGGUCAGGAUGGUUAUUGUCAUAUCGAAAAUACCACUCUUGUGGCUCCAAUCACAGGAUUUGUCAAUGUAACCACCAAUAACAUUAAUGCAUUCAAAGUGGCCCUCUUCAAACAUGGUCCACUUUCUGUAGCUAUUGAUGCAUCUAGGAAAACCUUUAGCUUUUACUCUCAUGGUGUAUACUAUGACCAAGAUUGCAAGAAUGAUGUUGAUGGACUUGAUCAUGCUGUACUUGCUGUUGGAUAUGGCACCAUGAAUGGACAGCAAUAUUGGUUGAUUAAAAAUUCCUGGUCAAAUUAUUGGGGAAAUCAAGGUUACAUCCUGAUGGCAGCGAAGGAUAAUAAUUGUGGCGUUAUGACUUCACCAACUUAUGUCACAAUGUAAUCUGAUAUGUAGUAAUAAAACUCCUAAUUCCAUAAUUUUCCUUAAAAAAAAAAACUUUCUUUUAAAAUUCAAUAAAUUUUUUAGAGAUUUAUUAUUAUUA